AAAUUAUUGCCGUACUGUUAUUGUUAUGGAACGUGGCUAGAAGCUAAGUUACAAAAUUUCUCUAUAUUUAUGGAAAAUUCUGUGUUACUGGUGAUAAGAAUUACUGUGAGUUUUUAUGGAAAUGAAUAUUCUAAGGGUGCUUGAUGGCAUAAAGAUGAGAAUCUCUCAAGUUACUGCAAGACAUUUGUCUGAUUUAUUUUAAAGAUUCAAGAAUGAUGUUGUCAGGAACACAUGUCACAAAAUAGCUACAAUGUUGAUUAAAUUACUGUGGAAUAUUUCUCUGAAUCAGUAUUAACUUCAUAUAUUUUCUGUGAAGUUGAGAAAACAUUUACUGGAUGAAUUUGCAUGUUGAAUAUAGUUGGAAAAUUUACCAUGAAUCCUGAAGUGACUUCAGUGAAAUGUCUUUCAUAGCUGGAUAUUGAGAACUGGAACAAAUUAAGGGAUCUUUUAUCUGAUGUCAUUGUCAAAUUGAUUCCUGGGAAAAGAUUCAGUCUGGGUGAUGAAUCUUAGAAGAGUUUCUUUAUGGUUUAUAUACCUUAAGAAUAUAUUUCUUUGAAUUAAUACAGUGUUUAUUCAGAAUAUUUGUGGAACAAUUUCUCAUUUAUAAAUUACAAAGAAAAACUGGAACAUAUGUUUGUAUUGUUAUGUAUUUAAUGGAAAAAAAUUAUGGAUGAGAAACUGUGUGAAAGUCAAGUUUGUGAUGAAACACAACCUAGAGAUAACAAUGUCUUGCAGCAGACUCUGGGAGAGACAGGGAAAAACUCAUAUCCCUGUGAAAUAUGUGGGAGGGUAUUUACAGUGAAAAAAAAUUCAGUUCAGCAUAAAUUAAUUCAUACAGAGAAGAAGCAACACCACUGUGAUAUUUGUGGCAAAGCAUUCUUUUGUAGAAGUAAUUUAUCAAAUCAUAUUCGUAUUCACACAGGUGAGAAACCAUACACCUGCAAUAUCUGCGGUAAGACAUUCUCUCAAACUGGUCAUUUAGCAUGUCACAAACGUACUCACACAGGUGAGAAACCAUACUGCUGUGAUAUUUGUGGUAAAACAUUCUCUCUCAGACAUACUUUACUUUACCAUAAAAGUGUUCAUACAGGAGCGAAACCAUUCCACUGUGAGUUUUGUGAUAAAGCAUUUCCUGAAAGUAGUGCCUUAUCUAAACACAAACGUAUUCACACAGGUGAAAAACCAUUCCAGUGUAAGAUUUGUGGCAGAGCGUUUCGUGUACACAGUGCCUUAGCUCAGCAUGAACAUACUCAUGCAAUUGAGAAACCAUUCCACUGCGAUAUUUGUGGCAAAACAUUCUCUCAGAGCAAUACUUUACGUUAUCACAUAAGAGUUCAUACAGGAGAAAAACCAUUCAACUGUGAUAUUUGUGGUAAAACAUUCUUUGAAAGAAAGCGAUUAUCUUACCAUAUUCGUACUCACACAGGUGAGAAGCCAUACUCCUGUAAUAGCUGUGGUAAAGCUUUCUCUCAGAGAACUUCUUUACAUUACCAUAUAAGUACUCAUACAGGUGAGAAACCAUACCAUUGUGAUAUCUGUGGUAAUUCAUUCUCUAAAAUGAGCACUUUGUCUUCCCACAAGCGUAUUCACACUGGUGAGAAACCCUAUCACUGUGAUAUCUGUGGUGAAAAGUUCUCCCAGCUUGGCAAUUUAUCUCGCCACAAACGUAUUCAUACAGGUGAGAAGCUACAUUCUUGUAAUAUCUGUGGUAAACAGUUUUCUGAAAGGACAUCUUUACUGUACCAUGUAAGUAAUCAUACAGGAGAGAAGCCAUUCCACUGUGAUAUAUGUGAUAAAACUUUUUCUCAGAACAGUUUCUUAAACAAGCAUAAACGUAUACACACAGGUGAGAAACCGUACUCCUGUGAUAUCUGUGGUAAAGCAUUCUUUCAAAGAAGUGCUUUAUCUUGUCACAAACGUAUUCACACAGGUGAAAAGCCAUACCAGUGUGAUGUCUGUGGUAAAACAUUCUCUCAAACUGGUCAUUUAUCUUGCCAUAGACGCAUUCACACAGGUGAGAAACCAUACCACUGUGAUAUCUGUGGUAAAACAUUCACUUUAAGUAGCAGGUUGAGAAACCACAAAUGUAUUUGCACAGGUGAGAAACCAUAUCGCUGUGUUAUCUGUGGUGAUGCAUUCUCACAAAAUGCUGAUUUGUCUAGACAUGCACAAAUCCAUACUAGAGAGAAGUUGUUGUAAUGGUACUGUGAUAUCUAGUCAAAGAAUCUCUCUUUGUAGUUACAUAUCUAAUCACUAUGGUGAGGGAAGGUGCAUGGUUCAGUAGUUAGCGCAUCAGGCUCACAAUCAAUAGGUAGUGAGUUCAAUUCCUGGACUGGCCUGUGUGUGGUGUUCUUGAGCAAAACACUUUAUCAUUCAACUACUACCGUAGUUGAAUAGUAUUCUUAAGGCCACAGUUUACUCACAUGCAGCAUCUUUCAGAGCUUGUUGCUAAUUCAGUUCUUAACUAAAUGGAAAACCAUUAACAUUUUUGAAGAGGACUAUAGUGCAUGGAGAAGCCUAAGCAUUCCCUCAAAAUUUAUACAACAAUACCCUUGACAUCUUUUACAAGAUAUUGAAUAUAACUAAAUUGUCUAUGUGUGACCAUCCACUACAUGGUAGAAAUAGCAACCAAAUCUACCCGAAAUUAAAGGAAAAGUUAUAAAAAAGGGCAGAUGCAUUAGAUAGUUGUCCUUCAUACACAAUACACAAACUGAAGAUAUGAUUAUCAUCAUAGUAAAGCCUUUCAUGAUAGGUGUCCUUAGUAACUAGGACUUACUUGGGCCUUACAAAUGGCAACUAUAAUCAUAUUUGCUAAUUUCCAAGACUGAACUUUAAUGUAACUUCAUCACACAUACAUUAUUUAAUUACACUAAAGAAUUCAAUAUCUUCAUUUCUUGAUGUUUGUUAUUAUUGCCUCUAUUUUUAAAAAAAAAUUUAAAUCGGAAAAGAUCUAUCUUCAAUCUAGCUUUUGAUUUGGAUGAUUUUGUAAGAUGCCAGAAUUUUACUAAAUCUUAAUAAAUACUUGUGAAUGUAGUAGCAUCUGCCAAAAAAUUCCAAUAAAUUAUUUUGGUAUUUCACUUAGGUUAUAAUAUUUUUCAAUAUUAAGGUCUUUUCAGGUAGUGAGAUAGCAGAAUCAUUGGCUCAUCAGACAAAAUACUUGGCAGCAUUUCUUGCAGCUCUUUGUAUUCUGGGUUCAAACUCCAUUUGAAAUAAGUAUCAGUGGAGUGUUGUAGUCAAUGGUAUCAACUAUGCCCCUCCCCUAAAAUUACUAAUCUUGUGCCAAAAUUUGAAACCAGUAUUUUGAUCUUGGUACUACUCACAACAUCUUGUGCCAUGGAUAUACCAUCUUGUUUCUCAUUCUUUUACUUCAAAAUAAGUUUUGAUACAUCUCACACACAUAGCUUAAUUAUUUAAUCUUAAACAUCAGUCAUAAUGUUAUUGGUUACUUCCUAUAUUCUUUGUUGAAUAAAUGUUUAUGUAUUAUUAAA